AUGGCCACGCCCUCAAUCCUAACCCGCCUCACCCACCGCAAAACCGGCAGCAUAGCCCACAUAACAAUCUCCCGCCCCUCAAAAUUGAACGCUUUAGACACACCCCUCCUCGAAAAACUCCCUUCAACAAUCCAAUCCGUCACCUCCUUAAAUGCAGAUCUACUUGGCAUCGUCCUCACAGGCGCAGGACCCAAAUCCUUUGUCGGGGGCGCAGAUAUCGCCGAAAUGGCAGCUCUGGACUCACCGGCCGCGGCGCGCUCCUUCAUUACGAAAGUCCACAAGGCGUGUAGGAGUCUGCGUGAUUGUCCAGUACCGGUUAUUGGAAGGGUUAAUGGAUAUGCGCUUGGGGCUGGGUGUGAGAUUGCGGCGUCCUGUGAUUUGAGGGUUGCGGGUCAGAAUGCGGUUUUUGGGAUGCCGGAGGUCCGAGUCGGUAUUCCGAGCGUGGUUGAGGCGGCUCUUCUUCCUGGUUUAAUAGGCUGGGGACGGACGAGACAGCUCCUCAUGCUGGGGGAGAAUAUCAGUGCGGACGAGGCGUUUCACUGGGGACUGGUUGAGAAGCUUGUAGAGCAGGAUAUGCUGGAUGAGGCUGUGGAGAGCUGGUUGGGUCAAUUGGAGAAGAAUGGGCCUAUUGCGGUGCGCCGGCAAAAAGCUCUUAUGCGGACGUGGGAGAAUGUUUCUAUGGAGCAGGCUAUCCAGGCUGGUGUGGCUGCUUUUGGGGAGUGUUUCGACGCUAAGGAAGGAGAAGUGACCGAGCCGGCUAGGAUGAUGGGUGCUUUUUUUCAGGACAAGGCGAAGAACAGGGCUUCGUCGUAG